CCAUUGUUGGGGUCAUGGAGGGCGAGAGCACCUCGGCCCUGCUCUCGGGCUUCGUCUUCGGCGCCCUCGCCUUCCAGCACCUAAGCACCGACUCAGACACGGAAGGUUUUCUCCUUGGAGAUGUGAAAGGUGAAGCCAAGAACAGCAUUACUGACUCACACAUGGAUGAUGUUGAAGUUGUUUAUACAAUCGAUAUACAGAAGCAUAUUCCAUGCUACCAGUUGUUCAGCUUUUAUAAUUCUGCAGGCGAACUGAAUGAACUUGCUCUGAAGAAAAUACUAUCAGGUUGUAAGAAGAGUGUAAUAGGAUGGUACAAAUUCAGACGUAACACUGACCAGACUAUGACAUUCCGGGAGAGACUUCUUCAUAAGAAUUUACAGUCACACCUGUCAAAUCAGGGCCUUGUAUUCCUUUUAUUAACCUCUAGCGUGAUGACAGAAAGUUGUUCUACCUACAGACUGGAGCAUGCCUUACACCGGCCACAAGAAGGUCUUUUCCAGAAAGUUCCUUUGGUGGUUACCAACUUGGGUAUGGCAGAACAGCAAGGUUACAGAACAGUGUCUGGUUCCUGCAUAUCUUCUGGUUUUGUGAGAGCAGUAAGACAACAUAGGUCAGAAUUCUUCAACGAAGAUGGAUCCUUACAAGAGGUUCAUAAGAUAAAUGAGAUGUAUGCCACCUUGCAGGAGGAGCUGAAGAAAAUAUGCUCUACAGUAGAAGCCAGUGAACGUUCUGUAGAGAAGCUCUUAGCAGAGGUGAGCCAAUUAAAAGAAGAAAUUAAGAGGAAAAAGCAACAGAGUUGUUCAGGAGAAGACAGAGAUUAUCCAGGAGAGCCGAAGGAGAAUGUUCUCCUUUGUCAGGCACUACAAACCUUUUUCCCCAAUUCUGGACUUCAGACAUGUAUUGUUUCAUUCAAAGGCCGACAGAUAACCAAGAACUGCUGUAACAUUGACCAUAAUAUUAAUGUCAUGGACAAACUGACUGUCGUGGUAGAGAAAAGAGACUUCACUGAAACAAGACACCUAAGCAAGCGUAAAGUCAGAGGGACCACAACAGGAUCAAAGUCAUUCAAGAAAUCCAGGUCACUGCAGCUUCACCAAAAGUUACUUCGAGACCAAGAAGACAGUGACCAGGAACAGAAGCUUACACUGAGUAGCACUGAGACAGAUGAAGACAUGUCAGAGAAGAUUAGAGACAAAAAUGAAUACCCACACUCUCCUACUUUCUGAUUUGCUCAUGAUUUGCCCAGAUGACUUUGCACCAAAAGCUACCGCCAACAUGUUCAAUAUAUCACUUUACAUCACUGCAGGGAUUAAAAAAGUGGAUUUCUGCAAAGCAGAGGUUUGGGGUUUGUUUUGUUUUUUUUCCAAUGCAUGAAUCCCAUUUGGCCCAGAGACAAGUCCAGAUAGUAAUACCUCAUUUUGUCUUCCAGAAUUAAAUCUGUAUUUAUUCUCUCAGGGUUUGAAGACUAUGCUAGGAGGGCGUUAGCAGUCAUAUAACCAUGUCACAUACUGCCUCAAGAGUACUGCUGUUGAAGAAGCAGUACUACUCUUCCCUCAGCAGAAGCUGAGGCAGGGAGCAUCAAAUGAACACAAAUAACAUGCUUCACAGAACUAUCUGUCUACAUAAAUUGCCAAAAUUUAAAUGCUGUAAUUUAUCCUUAGCUAUCCACUGCUUGUUUAUUUUACCCCCACUCGAAUCCAAGCAAGGUAAAACCAGCCACCUGAACUUGAGGCAGACCUGUGAGCAGAGGGAGCAGUCCAUACAGUUGCAGAUUUCUACUGUUGCUGUCAUCUCUCAAACUUGAUUGAGACAAUUUGAGAGGCUAGACACUUCAUAGAAAAACAUCUGGCAUUCCCCCCGUCAGUCAAUGAUGCAUAAUGCUAGCCAACUACAUC